AUGCUGCGCACCCCACCGCAGGGCCUGGAUGCCUUUUCGGGGGACGGCAGCGAGCCCUGGACGGAUUUUGCCGUCGCGGAGGAGUGGGGGACGGAGGCCGGCUGGGCGCGCAGGGGCAGAGCCAGGGGCGGCAAGCCCGCGCCCGGCGCCAAGUCCAAAACGAUGAGCCCCUUCCUCAACCGGCUGAAUGCGGUGUCAGAUCUGCUGGAGCAGGGAGAUGCGGCGGAGGCGGCGGCCGACGCUCAGCCCAGGGCAGCCAAGCCUCCACGCUCGGCGCGUGAGCCUGUGAAGACGGUUGGCGUGAGGGAGCCGGACGACUUUGUGUCGGAGCAGGUGACAGAGCAGAUGCAGGCUCUGUUGGAGGAGAAGGCCAGACUGGCGCGGGAGAAUGCGCGCCUACUGCUGGAGAACGCGGGCCUCAAGUUCACCACCAGCUCCAUGCUUGGGCUGCAGGAGCUGCUGGCGUUCACCCUUGCUCACCAGACUGAGGUCAUGGGGGAUGACGAGCUCUUCAAUGACCACGGUGACUACUACGAACCAGACAGGAGAGAGGAGUGUGUGGGCCCGAACGCCCUGCAGCUGUCCCCACCCAUACAGAGCGAGGGAGUGGGGUUACACCCAUCGGCAGAUGCAGGGGCGGCAACGGUGUAG